AUGCCUAGAAAUCCUCUUAAGAAGGAAUAUUGGGCAGAUAUGGUUGAUGGAUUUAAGCCAGCUACUUCUCCAGUCUCCGAAAAUGAAAAAGAUUCUACCAUAUUUGUCACAGAACAAAAAUCGAAAACUGACUCUACGUUCCUAUUAAGUAGCAAAGGUUCACCUGGCAUAAAUCAAACAACAAAUGAUGUUACAUCAUCAGACCACUUCCGUGGUAGUGAAGGUAUAGAGCAAGAAGACAUCAACAACACCAAUUUAAGUAAGGAUCUCUCCGUGAGACAUCUUUUGACCUUAGCUGUUGGUGGUGCCAUAGGUACCGGUUUAUAUGUUAAUACAGGUGCCGCUUUAUCCACAGGUGGUCCGGCCAGUUUAGUCAUUGAUUGGGUUAUUAUCAGUACAUGUCUUUUCACUGUGAUUAACUCUCUUGGUGAGUUGUCCGCUGCUUUUCCUGUUGUUGGUGGUUUCAACGUUUACAGUAUGCGUUUUGUUGAACCUUCAUUUGCGUUUGCAGUAAACUUAAACUAUCUAGCCCAAUGGCUGGUUCUUUUGCCAUUGGAAUUGGUGGCUGCAUCUAUUACUAUAAAAUACUGGAAUGAUAAGAUCAACUCAGAUGCUUGGGUUGCUAUAUUUUAUGCGACGAUUGCUCUGGCCAACAUGUUGGACGUUAAGUCGUUUGGUGAGACAGAGUUUGUGCUAUCCAUGAUCAAGAUUCUCUCCAUUAUUGGCUUUACUAUUUUAGGUAUCGUUUUAUCCUGUGGUGGAGGGCCUCAUGGUGGCUACAUUGGUGGCAAAUAUUGGCACGAUCCAGGUGCUUUUGUAGGACACAGUUCAGGAACUCAAUUUAAGGGUUUAUGUUCGGUUUUUGUUACUGCUGCAUUUUCUUAUUCUGGUAUUGAGAUGACCGCUGUCUCUGCUGCCGAAAGUAAAAAUCCUAGAGAAACUAUUCCCAAGGCAGCAAAGAGAACUUUUUGGUUGAUUACUGCCUCUUAUGUGGCUAUUUUAACUUUAAUUGGUUGCUUGGUUCCAUCCAAUGAUCCUAGGUUGCUAAAUGGCUCAAGUUCAGUGGACGCUGCCUCAUCUCCUUUGGUUAUUGCGAUUGAAAAUGGCGGUAUUAAAGGUUUACCAUCGCUGAUGAACGCUAUUAUUUUGAUCGCUGUUGUAUCUGUGGCUAAUAGUGCCGUCUAUGCAUGUUCAAGGUGUAUGGUAGCCAUGGCACAUAUUGGCAACCUACCAAAAUUUCUAAAUCGUGUUGACAAAAGAGGUAGACCGAUGAACGCUAUCCUGUUGACUUUGUUUUUUGGUCUACUUUCAUUUGUGGCUGCAAGUGAUAAGCAAGCUGAGGUCUUUACGUGGUUGAGUGCUUUAUCUGGGUUAUCAACAAUUUUCUGUUGGAUGGCCAUCAAUCUCUCUCAUAUUAGAUUUCGUCAAGCCAUGAAAGUUCAAGAAAGAUCUCUGGACGAGUUGCCAUUCAUUUCUCAAACUGGUGUUAAGGGAUCCUGGUAUGGUUUUAUUGUCCUUUUUCUGGUUUUAAUAGCAUCCUUUUGGACUUCUUUGUUUCCACUAGGCAGUUCAGGGGCGAACGCAGAAUCGUUUUUUGAAGGCUACUUGUCUUUUCCAAUUCUGAUUGUCUGUUACUUUGGACAUAAAAUAUAUACCAGAAAUUGGACUUUGAUGGUAAAAUUAGAGGAUAUUGAUCUCGACACUGGCAGAAAGCAAGUAGAUUUGGCUCUUCGUAGGGAAGAAAUGAAAGUUGAACGAGAAACAUUGGCAAAAAGAUCCUUUAUGACUAGAUUUUUACAUUUUUGGUGUUGA